UCCCACUCGUGCGCGAGCAAACGAAAGCGAAAGCGAAAGCGAGACGCCACCUUUUCCUCCUCCUCUUCGGCUCCUCGCCUCGUUGCCUCCGCCACCACCGCCCCGAGCCCGCAGCCGCCGACCUCCCCGGCCGUCGAUUCCUCCGCUACCAACUCGCGGGAAAUUCUUGUUAAAUGAUGUUACAUGAUCUCACUUGUGGUGCAUUUCUAAACGUGCUUAAGGCUAAAACUUCAAGAUGGCGGCAUCCACACUCUCAACUUAUGCACUCUCAGAAGCAACUUCGGCAUUUCGAGUCUCUACUGCUGCAGUGAAGAGUCCUUCAUCCGUGAGUUUUGUCAGCCACCCCUCCGUGACCUCUGGCCUGAAAACCUCCAGGAAGCUUGGUCUUGCUGCAAUGGCUGUCUACAAGGUGAAGCUCGUCUCACCAGAAGGGGACGUGCAUGAGUUUGAGGCUCAAGAUGAUACUUACAUCCUGGAGUCUGCUGAAUCCGCUGGAGUGGAGCUGCCGUACUCGUGCCGUGCUGGCGCUUGCUCUACCUGCGCUGGCAAAAUUGAGGGUGGCAUCGUCGAUCAGUCAGAUGGAUCAUUCCUUGAUGAUGCGCAGCAGGCUGAGGGGUACGUUCUCACCUGCGUUUCCUACCCGAGGUCCGACUGCGUGAUCCAUACCCACAAGGAAGGUGAACUGUACUAGUCAGUCAGUCCCAUGGGGACUGAGAUGCAGAUGCACGCGAAGUUGUUAAGGAGCAACAGCCAGCAAAUGUAAUAUGUUAGAUAUCCUAUCAUGCAGAAUGCAGCAAUGCCCUAGGCAGCCAAUUAAUUAGGUUGAGCUUAAACAUGCCGCGCAAAGAAAGCUCAUUCAGCUGUUGAGGUUUUUGGAUGUCUCUGAUAAUAUCGGUGUAGUAAUAAAUAAAAUGGAGAAAACAAUGUACUGAAUGUUACACGUUGGUAUUGUGUUAUGCAGCUUCAUGGAUUUUUUUGGCCUCUUUAAA